AUGCAUCACCACGGCUCCCUGAGUGCCAGUGCUGUCAGUUCGGGGCAGGGCUCCAAUGCCCCGAACAGCCAAUUCCAUCAUGACCCUCGAACUCCUUACGGAUCAGCAUACUCCUCAGGCACUGCAACCUCUGCCGGCCGUGAUGCAUGUGGAAACAAUGUACCUGCAAUGUUCUCAGGAUUAAACCUCCAUGGCUAUCGACCCAAAUUUGGCCACAAGAAUGCAGCCACCGUCGCCAACCUCGAUUGGUCCGCUGCAAACCGCAACUCUUAUUCCAACCCAUUCUUCCUGUACCCAAGUGCAGGCAUCUUUAGCAAUGUUGCUCCUCUGUCUUCUUUUGUGGCUGGGUCUGUUCCGGGUCAGACUGAUAUGGGCCAGUACCCAUACAUGUCAACUGGUCUGUUCCAGAAUAUGAACUCUAUGGUUCCAAAUAGUUACCAUUCGUGGCCAUACUACAUGAGCUAUGAUACGCAGGACACUAAACAACAUGUUUGGAAUACACCCGAGUCUCAGAAAGGAGGGAAAGCUGAAAAUGGAAGUCAGGUGUCUUUUUACCCUUCGCCUUUCAUCACCCCGAUGGAAAAUACCUCCAUGGCGGGCUACACAUACGGAGGAAUGGCUCCUUCGUUCGGCUCUCUUACGCUGCCCCUCCAAAUGAUGAAGACGACCAGCGGCUAUGUUGUUCAGGAUAUGGAGGCUCUCACCCAACAGGAGCCUGCUAUCCCUCGUGCCGUGCCAGCCAUGUGGACCAACCCCUCCGAGUUAACCCUGGCCAAAUGCCUCGAGAACCGUGAGGGAAUCACGAACGUCUACAUUCGCGGCUUCCUCCCAGAGACAACAGAUGAGAUGCUCCAGGCGUAUGCCGCUCGCUUCGGAAAAAUCGAGCGUUGCAAGGCCAUCGUCGACCUGGACACUGGUCUUUGUAAAGGGUUCGGAUUUGUUCAGUAUUACAACUUUGAGUCCUGCGAAAAUUGCAUUCGUGGGUUCUUUUACCUCGGUUACCAGGCAAGCUUCGCUCAGAAGUCCCGCAACUCUCGUCUGAAGGACUUGGAAGACAAAGCGUCUACCAACAUUUACUGUACUAACAUUCCUAUCAACUGGACGGAAGCUGAUUUACGCCGCCACUUCGAACCCUACCGCGUGAUUUCCGAGAAAAUCAGCCGCGAUGAGAAGACAGGCGUCAGCAAGGAAGUUGGGUUUGCACGAUUCGAAAGCCGUGAAAUCGCUGAGCGAGUCUUGGCCGAGUUCCACAAUGUCUCCAAGGGAGAUGAUGUCAAGCUAUUGCUCCGGUUUGCGGAUACGAAGGCGCAAAAGAUGCUGAAGCAGCAGAGCAACGAGCGUCGUGCCUACCGUGCGGGCGAGUACAACUACUCUGUCGAAGUAGUGCAGGGGUCUACGCCUUCGCCCUUGCAGCGUCUGAAACAGACUUCUUCUCACUUGACGCCACCCAACUCUCAGGGAAGCUUGAAUUCCCCAGCUGGAGUCGGUUCCAAUUGGACCCCUGCUACAUCCAUUUCGCCAACGUAUGCCUUGAUGAAGAACCCUCCAAGCGAUGCUCGACAGGAUUCGCUUUCUUCACGCAGCCUCAAUGCCCUUGAGCGUACUCCAGUGUACCGUCACCAUUUCCGCGGCCACUCUGUCGGGGACACUUCCGGUGGAUCUUCUAAGACAGCUAUGCCUCUUUCCCCCGACUUUGGGCCCCGCUCAUACAUGUCAAGCCCUCGCAAAGAGAACAUGAAGCUCGAUAAUCUAUCUCUUAACGACUCUGACAUAGAAAUUCUUCUUUCCUCUCCCCGCUCAUGCGAUUAA